GGGCCCCUCCUGCUCCCGCCCCCCGGCCCACUCCCCGGAACCGGCCGCCGAGCUGCGGCCGCCGGCAGUGGAACGGCAACGGUACCGCGGAGCUGCCAGCAUGAGCGCCCCCCGCCGCCCCGCGCCCCCGGCCCGGCCCUUCUGACAAGAGACUUUGGGCUCCUUGAGGAUAUUCCAUUUUGUUACUUUUGAAUAUCCUCUCACCAUAUUCAGCAUAAAAUAACAUUCUUAAUGGUUAUCCUCGGCAAGACAGGUGUGAGAGGACUGCUGUUUUAUUGCAAUCAUGGUACAGAAAUACCAGUCACCAGUGAGGGUGUAUAAACACCCCUUUGAGUUAAUUAUGGCUGCCUAUGAAAGGAGAUUCCCCACGUGUCCUUUGAUUCCGAUGUUUGUGGACAGUGACACUGUGAAUGAAUUCAGGAGCGAAGAUGGGGCCAUUCACGUGAUAGAAAGGCGCUGCAAGCUGGACAUCGACGCGCCCAGACUGCUGAAAAAGAUUGCAGGAGUUGAUUAUGUUUAUUUUAUCCAGAAAAACUCACUGAAUUCUCGGGAGCGCACCCUGCACAUCGAGGCCCACAAUGAGACGUUCUCUAGCCGCGUCGUCAUCCGCGAGCACUGCUGCUACAGCGUUCACCCUGAAAACGAAGAUUGGACCUGCUUUGAACAGUCUGCAAGUUUAGAUAUUAAAUCUUUCUUUGGUUUUGAAAGCACAGUGGAAAAAAUUGCGAUGAAACAAUAUACCAGCAACAUUAAAAAAGGAAAAGAAAUAAUUGAGUACUACCUUCGCCAGUUAGAAGAGGAAGGCAUAACGUUUGUGCCCCGCUGGACCCCGCCUGCCGUGGCGCCCUCUUCAGAGACGUCCUCGUCCUGCAAGAAGCAGGCGGCGGCCUUGGCGCUCGCUGUCCCGGACCCUGCGCUGAGGGAGGGGCUGGGCAGCGAGCCCCUCAGCAACCCGGGCGGGGCCCCCGAGCCCGCGGUGGGAACCCCCGACGACAAGCUAGACGCAGACUACAUCAAGAGGUACCUGGGUGACCUGACUCCGCUGCAGGAGAGCUGUCUGAUCCGGCUCCGCCAGUGGCUGCAGGAGACCCACAAGGGCAAGAUCCCAAAAGAUGAGCACAUUCUCCGGUUCUUACGCGCCCGGGACUUCAACAUCGACAAAGCCAGAGAGACCAUGUGCCAGUCGUUGACUUGGCGGAAGCAGCACCAGGUGGACUACAUCCUCGACACCUGGAACCCUCCCCAGGUCCUUCAGGACUACUACGCGGGGGGCUGGCACCAUCACGACAAAGACGGGCGGCCCCUCUACGUGCUCAGGCUGGGGCAGAUGGACACCAAAGGCUUGGUGCGAGCCCUCGGGGAGGAGGCCCUGCUGAGAUACGUUCUCUCCAUAAACGAAGAGGGGCUGAGACGGUGUGAGGAAAACACCAAAGUCUUCGGCCGGCCUAUCAGCUCGUGGACCUGCCUGGUGGACCUGGAGGGGCUGAACAUGCGGCACCUGUGGCGGCCGGGCGUGAAGGCCCUGCUGCGCAUCAUCGAGGUGGUGGAGGCCAACUACCCGGAGACCCUGGGCCGCCUCCUCAUCCUGCGGGCCCCCAGGGUGUUUCCCGUCCUCUGGACGCUGGUUAGCCCGUUCAUUGAUGACAACACCAGAAGGAAGUUCCUUAUUUAUGCAGGAAAUGACUACCAGGGCCCAGGGGGCCUGCUGGACUACAUCGACAGAGAGAUCAUUCCGGACUUCCUGAGUGGGGAGUGCAUGUGUGAAGUCCCAGAGGGGGGCCUGGUGCCCAAAUCUCUGUACAGGACAGCAGAGGAGCUGGAGAACGAAGACCUCAAGCUCUGGACCGAAACCAUCUACCAGUCCGCCAGCGUCUUCAAAGGGGCCCCACACGAGAUUCUCAUUCAGAUAGUGGACGCCUCUUCGGUGAUCACUUGGGAUUUUGACGUGUGCAAAGGAGACAUUGUCUUUAACAUCUACCACUCCAAGAGGUCGCCGCAGCCGCCCAAAAAGGACUCCCUGGGGGCGCACAGCAUCACGUCCCCAGGUGGGAACAACGUGCAGCUCAUCGACAGAGUCUGGCAGCUGGGCCGCGACUACAGCAUGGUGGAGUCGCCCCUCAUCUGCAAGGAGGGGGAGAGCGUGCAGGGCUCCCACGUGACGCGGUGGCCGGGCUUCUACAUCCUGCAGUGGAAGUUCCACAGCAUGCCAGCCUGUGCGGCCACCAGCCUGCCCCGGGUGGACGACGUGCUGGCCUCCCUGCAGGUGUCUUCCCACAAGUGUAAAGUGAUGUACUACACUGAGGUGAUCGGGUCCGAGGAUUUCAGGUGCGGGCUCCCCUCGCACAGCUGGGCCACCACGGGGCCAACAGGGGGCUCCAUGACCAGCCUGGAGUCCAGCCACAGCGGGUUCUCCCAGCUCAGCGCCGCCACCACCUCCUCCAGCCAGUCUCACUCCAGCUCCAUGAUCUCCAGAUGGCGAUUUUGCUGACAGCUGCCAGGAAAACGCUUCACUUGGACAGUCCACAUCAGCCCAGGGAUGUUUGUAGGACUGUUUGAUUGCAGCCACCCCCCUCCCCCAGCCUGAAGAUCUGUUCUUUUUAAGUUGAUUCAGAAGUGGCACUGUUGCUCCCCAAGGAGUUGACUGCGUCCUUGAGAGUUCAAAGCACAUCACUGCACAAAUGCUCACGGGGUUCACUCCUGAGUAACACACCACCCGGUUCUCCUCGUCAGGGGACCGCGGGGCAGGUCGGCUUCGAUGGCAGGGCUCACUGUCUCCCAGCACCCUGCCCUCUUUAAAAUGCUGCUCUCGUUUCACCUUUUUUCAGCACUAAUGAUUCUUUCGGUUUCCCCUCUAUUACUAGUGUCUUAAUUCAUUCUCCUUUCUAAUUUCCUUAUUUACGUAUCAAAUUCUGUACAUGUUUUGUAAACAUAUUACCUCACUCUUGGUAAUACAAUACUGAUAGUCUUUAAAAGAUUUUUUUAUUGUUAUCAAUAAAUGUGAACUGUUUAAAGAAAAGAAUGUCUUUUUCUUCCUGUGACAUGGCAGUCUCCCUCCAAGAGUCUGACGUUCUCAGGAACUUCAGAGGUUGAAGGAGGGGGAGACCAGGGCCGGCGUGCUGGCCCUGCAGAAGUUCGGGACCAGCAGGAGCCUGCGCGGGACCCCUGCGCCCUGUCCCGCAGAGAGAUGGAGGUCGUCAGCUGCAGAGUCAGGAGCGGGCAGGUACUGACAGUCCGCUCGCUCCCCCAGGAGGACGUGCUGCAGUUUUCCUGAAACUCCACAGGGUCAGGCCCAUCUCAGGCACGAUGCCCGAGGCAGCGUUUCUUUAGUAACAAAGUGGAUCCUUCAUCAGUGAGGGCCCAGAGAGAGCAGAAUGGGUGGGUGCGGGCCUUCAGAAACCUGGGCCACCCUACCCCUGGUCCUGCAGUGGGGCCUGCUGGACCGGGGGGGAGGGGCGGUGGGGCGCCCCCCCCCCCCCCCAUCAGGAGCCAUGAGGUCCCUGACUUUCCUAGUUGGCCUCGGUGGGAGUGGCCGAGGGGACUGGCUGGGACGUGGGGUGGGAGCAGGUGAGGCCGGAACGUGCCCUCACACCCUGGCUCGGCCUGGGGUAUGACCUCGUCCCUGGCAGUCAGGACCAGGCACGUGUUUUGGUCCUGCCUCAGCAGCACACAUGACUUGGAUGGCUCAGCCAGCCUGUCACCGAGGGAGGGAAAGGUUUUUCCCACGAAUCCCUUUUGUGCUCUGCCACCUCCUGGUGCCUGUUGUCACAGGUGGCCUUUGGGUUAGCAUCAGACUCUCAUGGUGGCGGCCAGAGCAGCCUAAAAAUCAGAUGAGGUUGUAAGCAUCUGUUACCUGCCGCCCGUCGCUCGACUGACUCAGAGCUGCAGUGGGACAGAAGGUCCAGUCCUCACGGUGGGCAUCAGGUCUUCAUGUUGGCCCCCAACCUGUAACACGUGUUGAUCCGUGAGUAAGUGUGCCGUUCCCUUAGCCCAGAUCCCCAUCAGACGUCAGCAGAGCCCAAACCACAGGCCACCUGUCAGUCCUGGAGCUGUGGCAGGAGUGUUGUCAUUAAAGCGCUGGCAUAAAGCAAAGCAGUGAAUUUUCUUUGAAAAGCGAGAGCCUUGGGAAGCAGGGGAUUGUGGGAGGAUGGUAGUGUCGUCCCCAUGUAAAAACAGAGCAACUGAAACCAACAGACAACUGACUAGGACGCUAAAAAAUGGUUAAAAUGGCAGAGUUGGUUGCAACAUUCUCCGCAGUGUGAAAAAGCCCAUGACAAAAAGUGAAAAACCAUGACACCACUUACAGCAGGUCUGGGUGAUGAGGUGUCCUCAUCAGCCCCAGACAGAGGCACAGACCAGCCAAACUCAUAGGACCCACGUGUUCGACUGUGGGGUCUCCAGUGGACUAGGAGCAGGGUCCGCCAGAGCUUGGAGUGCCCGGUGCGUGGGCCAGCCCGGGGUCACUCCAUCCAGCAGCCAGUGGACGCCAAGGGCUGCUAUAGGGAGGCCCGUGGGGACUGGAGCAGUCGGGCCCCUCUGAACCCCCAAACUGACCCGCCAGGGCUCCCUUCUAGAAAGGACCCUGCACUGAGGGAAAGCCGACCUUGCCUUUGGGUUUGAGAUCCCAGUCAGUCACCGGGACCCUAUUUGACAGCAGCAAACAGAGCAAGUCACGAGCCCGUGGAAAUUCACAUCACUGAGCCUCUGUGCACCAGCCCCAACUGCCCUGUCAAAGUGAGACAGAUGGGGAGAGAGGCCUCUGGGCUAUUUCUGGGAAACAGCCGGGGCAAGUGCCAGGCUGCAGAAAGGGGGACCCUCAGCUCCAUCCGUAGAGCAACCCAGAUUUCCAUGGAAUCGUCUGGCUGCCAAGUCCUGCCCCUUCCCUUUUGCAAGUCUGGUCUACACCUGUGAUCUGAGUCCCCGGUGCUACAGCCAGAGAGAGAAACCCAGCCUCAGCCCCCAAGGUAGAGCCCCUUUCCAGCCGCCAAAGGUGGUCACGGCCCCAUCCAGGGGAUUGCCUCCGCUGACGCCACCUGGUGGCCACGUGGGAGACGCGCAUCCCCAUCGCCCCGCUGGGGUAAUGAUGCCCCUUUCAGCUCUUGUCUGCGGAGCCUGAGCCAAGGCAGGAAACUCUCCAUCCCUCGUGUCCACUGAAGUCUUACCUCGGAAGGGGUGUGACGGUUAAUUUUAUGUGUCAAUCUCACUAGGCCGUGGGGCCCAGAUUUUUGGUUGAACGAAGGUUCUGGGUGUUUUUUUGAUGAGAUUAACAUCUGAAUGGGUAGACUGAAUAAAGCUGGGCCCCAUGCCUACGACGGGACCCAGGGGCUGUGGACGCAGGUGGCACACCCCGGGAGGGCUGCUCCCAGGCCUUCCAGCAUCUUCUCUCCGCCCCCACGUUGGCCUCCGGCUGCUCCCCACGCGUCACCGUCUGUGAGAGGCUCAUCGCAAGGCUUAGGGAGGCACAGCUCACGCACUCAUGGGGCGGGACGUCUUUCCAUGACCAUGACUCCGUCCCUGUCAGGGCCUCGGACAGUGUCUGCCCCAGGACAGACACCCUAAGCUACCUGCGUAGUGAACGUGGAAUGAAUUCCCAUGGGUUCCGGCCUCACUGUGUUAUUCUGACCAUCCCGGGCCGCGCACGUUUGCCUUCCUCCAUGAAACAACGUGAACGAGUAUAUUUUACGGCCGGAGGUAUAAAGAUGGAUGGAAUCUCGACUGGACUCACAUUCAGCAUGAAGACCCCUUCAGCCCUCCGUAUCUGCGGGUUUCUCAUCCGCGGGUUCCACUAGCCGUGCUCUAUCCGAGACGCAGUUGGUCGAAUCUGCGGAUGCGAAACCUGCGGACACAGAGCCUCCGGGUGUCACGCGACCCUGUGAGGGACUCGAGCCUGCGCAGCGUUUGGGCUCCACUGGGGCGCUGUAGCCACCCCCACCCCGGGAUGCCGAGGGACGACUUUGCUCAUAUUUUCUUCUGAUCUUAAAAGAAGUUAAAACAUUUUGGGGGGUCCCCCAAAGGAUCCUGGGCCCUGGGUGCUGGGCCUUCUGGGCCUGGUGGGGAAGGCGGCCCUGGCCCAGCGGCGGCGGGGAGGGCAGGCACCUGCCAGGUUUCCAGACGUCCAGAUCCACCUACUGACAGGUAAACCUUGACCCUGCCGAGUGGCCCUGCGAGGAGGUCCCUGCAGCGCUCCCAGGAGGGCAGGUCGCCCCCUCGAGGCCCUGGGCAUUGGCGUGUGCAUGUGUGCGCGCUGGGCCUGUGUCCACCCUGUGGAGGUCCCUGUGGGGUGCGUGCCCACUGAGCUCUGUGGACCACGCAGGAGAGGCCUGGAGGAGGGGAAGGGGCCCAGAUGGUCAGUGCAUGGCUAUGUGGGGCGGUGGCCCUCAGCUUCCCUGGACCUGGUUUCAGAACCGCUCUCUUCUGACCCACAGGCAGCACGCAAAUGGGAGACCCUUUGUGUUUAGAAGCAAAAUGGGGAACCUCUGAGUUCUGCACGGGAAAUUGAACGAGGACAGGCAUCUCGUGUAAAUCGCUGGACGGGCACCUGCGGCUGCUUUCUCUCUUACUUGCGCUUUGAUUUUGCCAUCGCAGGACUUGGUUGUUAGGGACGAGGACCCGGUACCAAGGAGAUGAGCUGCCUGACGAGUGAUGCCCAGUGUGCUGCCCCCACCACAGAGGCCUGGAGCCAAAUUAAACACGGACUCGAGUCUGCAAGGAAGCAGUUCCCCGGACCACAGUGGAUUCCGUUAGAGCACCGAUUGAUACCCAAGAAUGCCACUGCUGGGUCAUAUGGUAAGUAGUUGCACGUUUGGUUUUUUGCAAGCAACUGCCAAAUGGCUUUCCAGAGAGGCUGCGCUGUUUUCCAUUCCCACCAGCAACGUGUGAGAGGUCCCGUUUCUCCGCAUCCUCGCCCGCAUUCGGUGUUACUGCUGUUGUUAUUGUGGCCGUUCUGAUGGGUGUGGGUGCUGGCUCGCUGUGGCUGUAAUUUGCGUUUCCCUAAGGGCUCAUGAUGUUGGACACCUUUUCAUGUGCUUGUUUGCUAAUUUGUGGAUCUUUUGGUGAAAUGUGUCCUGUCUUUGGCCCAUUUCCUAAUUGGAUUCCGUGUUGUUUUACUGUGGAGUGGACAGUUCUUCAUAGGUUCCAGAUACCAGUCCUCUGCAGGGUGUGUGCUUUGCGACAUACCUGGUUUUACUACGGGAAAGCUAUACCCCUUAUGAGCCCAAACUGGAGACCAUAAAGAUGUAAAUACUUUCACGUCAAUCCCUCUUUUUUUAAAAUUGCAGAACGGGUGUUGUCAGAUGAUGGAAAUACUGUGUUUCCAAAGGCCCUUUAAGCUUCAGGAGGGCCUCGUCCUGUUAGGCAGCCAUGACAAGGUACAGGUGUGGCUGUCCACCAUAUGGGUGGAUACAAAGUCUGUGUUUGAGGGACUCUUUUUUAUCUCCCUUUUUUAUCUUGAGUCAUUUUUCCUUUCUUUUUUUUAAAGUAAUUGGGUUUUAUCAUAAGAAAAUACUUUCUCAUGGUGAAAAUUUCAAACAGAAGAAAAGGGAAUAAAACAGAAAUACAUGUCUCUUCCCAGCACCGUCCUCCUCGCACCGCGUCCUGGCUCCCCGCCAGUGCCCCGCUCUGCUCUCCAGAGGCACCUCCAGUGCCGUUUCCGGUGAUCCUUCCAGACUUGUUCUGGUCACGUGAAAACACACGCACAUGCGUGAUGGUGUGUUUUUCUCUGAGCGCGCUGGCCCCUCGCCUGCCUCCUGCCGCUGUCUCAGAGCUCUUUCCCUGCCAGCACCCGCAGCCCACCCCAGGCUGCCGCCUCCCUGCCUCCUCGGUGCAUUGCUGGGUCGGGCUGCUCACUUUCUUCAGGUCCUCAGGAGUGUACCCUGGCCUUCCUAGGUCACAGAUGAUUGUCCCAGUUCCCCAUGUGUCUUUUCUCCACGUCAGCAUUUAUAGAUGCUCACCACGUGCCUCAGAGGUCCCAGAAGGGGAGGGGACACUGGUGCAUUGAAAAGGGAAGCCCUGCCCUCAGGGGGCGUGCCUGCCAGCUCCUCCGGAGGCCUGAGGGUGCCCAGCCAGGUUCUCCACACCUGUGCAGUUGGCUCGCCCACCUGGCCACACUCCCCUGAGUGCGGAAUGCCUGCGGGGCUGUGCCCCUCCACGGGCCCCGGAGCUGCUUGGGGUCCCUCGAGCCCGAGCCUGCAGCCCUCGCUUCUAGAGGCCUCACUUCUCCCUGUGCGUUCUCCCAGCCCCGGGGCCGGUCCCUGCUGCCUGCAGACAUGGCCCCCUUUUUGCUCUUUGAGCCUCGAAACCUGUGCAGCGACCUUCCUGUGUCAGGUCCCUUUGCUUGAAAUACCUAAGACGACUCUGAUUUUCCAGACUGGCCGGUGGCCAGGGUUCUGUCUCAGGUGGUGACCUGUGCCACCAGCUGACCAGCCCUGGGAGGGGGCAGGAGCGAUGGGGUGGGCAUGGGAGGCUGUACUCCUCCACAGGGUGGUCAGGAGAGGCCUCGCCCAAGGGGGUCACUCUAGCAGAUGUCCAGGAGAACAUUCCAGAAGGAGAGAGGAUCUAGGGCAAAGGUCAUGAGACAGGAGUAUGUUCGGUGUUCGAGACACAGCAGCAAAGCCAGUGUAGCUGGGAGAGUGAGCAGAAGAGGAGGAGGCUGGGCUGUGGCAGAGACAGUGCCAGUCCCCAGACAUCCACCCACUCCUGCCUGUGGCUCCCAGCCCCACUGCGGCCACGAGGACCGUGUGGUCAGCCAGGCCAGAAGGCUGUGAGUAGCAGGAAUGUGUGUCACUUCUGAGUGGAAACAUAUCCAAGGAAGCCUGGAUCCCUGUGUCACUGUGUGGAGUGGAUGCCGCCUGCCUCUCACUGGACUUGGUGUGAGUGGGAGUAAAUCUGUGCUGCGUGACAUCUCUGUGAUGUCAGGGUUUAUUUGUCACCACUGCAGGAAGGAGCUCGUCCUGACAAAUACAGGGAUGAAAAGGCAGGGAGGAGGGUGGCUAGGUCCCAAAAGGCCAUAUAGGUCCUGUGAGGCCACCAGCUUUUUGGCUUAAGCUCUGAGUGAGGCGGGAGCAGCUGUCUUCUGUUUGUCAUUUGGCCUUGACUUUUUUGUUUUGUUUACUUUUGAACAGAAAAUUUUAAUCUUAUGAGGUCGAAUCUGUUAUCUUUUCCUUAAUCACUUCCUGGGUUUGCAUCUUGCAAAGGACUUCCCCACAUUAAAUUCUCCUACGUAUCCUUCGGUACUUUCAUGGUUUAAUUUUGUUUACAUUUAAAUCUCUGAGACAGACUUCUGUGUCAAAGAGUAACGUAGUGACUUUUAAUUCCUCCUAAAUCGUUUUCUUGAUCCUUGGCUGCAGGACCAAGCUUGUUUCCAGCUCCUUGAAACACUCAAGGGAAGUCCUUUAGGGGCUGGUUCUGGGUCGAGGGUGGGAAGGGUGUGGAGGGAGGCCGACAGAGGCCGGUCCCCAGGGAGGGCCAGGGCCAGCUGGGCAGCUGCCUGUGGACGAUCGGACAGUUGUCAGUGUUGAAAAAUCGCGGCACUGAGGCCAGUUGGCUCAGGUGUUCACCCCAACAUGGUCCACGCCCGCCGGCCGCGGCGGGGAGCGCCCUCGCGUGGACACAGGGCCUCGGCCGCCCCAGGCUAGCGGCCGGGUGACCAACUGGCCGUCCAACCGGCCGUCCUCCCAGAACAAGUGAUUUCUUCUAUUGCCUCAUUUUAAAACACUUCAGCGAGCCUCCCAGGAAGCUAUCUGAUUUGGAAAAAUCCCACGAGAAAGCUGAAGAGACGGCUGGGGAAAGCUUUGUCCUGCUCUGCCCUGGUGCCCCAGCUCUGCUCUGCUGGGGGUGGGUUGAGGCCCCUGGAGUGGGUGGCCGUUUGCUGGGGGGGGGUCUGAUCCCCAGUACAGAUCUGAAAGAGGCACGUGGGUUUUUAUUAAAGAACAUAAAGACUGUUGGCCUCUCUGCCUCUGGAAAGAGUCAGUGAACAUUUAUCAGGGUAAAUGGGCUCCUGCCUGUCCCCGAAGCUAUUAGGAAAUGAACAAGCGAAGAUAAGAUGGAAGCUAGAGGGUGGGUCCGGGCCUCAGUCACCCCGCACUCGGGAGAGCCCCAAGUCCCCUGGGUUCACUGUGACGAGCUCCAGGCUCAGCUGCCAGCCCCUCAUAUCUUCUCUGCUGUUCCCAGAGCAGAAGGAAGCGUCUGAGGGAGUCCCAUGGGAAUGUCACUGGGUUCCCCGAAAAGCCUCCCGAACAGGGGAGAACUGGACAGUGGGUCCUCUCCUCCUCCCCAUUCAAGGCCUACCCGGCCAGGGCCGGCUCCGGCUGCGGUCCUGUCCUGCCAUCCGGACAGCCGGCAUCAACUUUGGCCCAGCUGACACUCCAGGUGGGGUCAUUCUUUGCGGUGGGGGUGGUCCGGUCUAUCGUAGGAUGUUUAGCAUCAUCCCUGGCCUCUGCCUUCCAGAUGCCUGUAGCCACCCCCAGAUGCAGCAACUAACAGUGUCUCCAGACAUUGUCCUCUGUCCCCUGUGGAGGAGGGGGGCAAAAAUCAUCCCCUGUUGAGAAUCCCUGUUCUAACCGAACACUUUAUGACUGGAGGGAAGAAACAGAGGUCCAGAGAGGUUAGGACAUUUGCUUAGAGGUAAUGGUGAGUCGUGGAGGCGGAGGUGGAGCUCGGCUCCUGGCUCUGGGCCCUCAAACUGGUACCCUGUCCAUUGCACUCGCAGCAGCCGAUGUGAGAAGCGUGAUUUUAAUGACGGGUAUGGAACUCGAAUUCCUCCAGGGCCCAGUUCUGCUCAGCUUCCUGGAGCGCCAGCAUGGUCAGCGUCAUCAGUAAACACACUCCGAGGACGCCAAGGGCAUGACGUGGUGCUCUUGUGAAACACGCAGACUCCAGUCUGCCCAAUAAACACCUUCCCAGUCGAUCAGACCAGAUUUUUUAAGAUGUGUUCUGGGAAAAGGCUGUUGAAAGGAACCUGCAGCAAUAAUCCGUUCGUCAUGCCAGACUCCCCUUGUGAUUACUUCCUGAUUUUUCUGUUUCAUAAAUGAAAUUAGACAUGGUGUGGAAA